AUGUCUGCAGCUGCCAGGCUCGUCGUGAGGGAGCUGCUGCGCAAGGACGCUGCGCCCCAGCUCGCGCGGAGCUUCAGGACUAGCUCCGUGCCCAAGUCCCAUUAUGAGCACGGCCCCAACUACCUGGACUUCCAAAACUGGCCCGGCCGCAAGCGCAAGGUCGCCACCUGGAUCAUUGGCAUGUGGGUGACGGGCCUCGGCAUCCCGCUGUUCGCCGUCUGGUACCAGCAGAACAAGAUGAAGGGCGGCUAA